AUGGCACAGGCACAUGAGUGUAUCUGGCUUAAAGCUGUGAUGGAGCACAUGAAACACGGUACAAUUGCUCGUCUUGCUUUUAAAGUGGCUGAUUUGUAUGAUCUUGUCUCAGACACAAAGGCUAUUCCUGAAUACUGGAAGAUUUAUGCAGAUACAAAACAUAACUAUUUCAAGGCUGAAUCACAAUAUCAAAAAGCAAAUGAAGCUAUUUCUUCCGGACGUUACGGUGAAGAAAUUUCACGACUACAUCUCGCUCAAUCAAGCAAUAAUAUUGCCAGUCAACAUAUCACACAACAUCCUCAUUUUAUGAUUCAAAGCUUUGUGGAUCGAGUCACAGCAUUAAAACAUGCUAUUGAACGUGACCUCGUCCGAGCUGAAAAGGAUAAUGAUGUGAUUUAUAUGGAAACAGUGCCUGAGCCAAAUCAAUUGGCGCCUAUUUUGAGGUCUGACAUGGUAAAGCCUGUCUUACCUAGUUUUGUCUCUGAUCCAAGCUAUUGGCUAGUACUAGCAGACAGACCCAAUGAUAAGCUGUUUAUAAAGCGACCUUUGUUUGAAAAAUUACUUCCUUUUGCUGUACACCAAGCAGUUAGUAUCUAUGCUGAUAACAAGGAUUAUAUAAUCAAGACUGAAAUUAUAGGGAAAAACCAAGAACUCAAGGCUGAUCGCCAAAGACUACUGGAAGGCCUAGAGUUGCCUUAUUCUUUGGAUAAAAUUGACUCGUUGCCUAAGUCUCUUAUUGAUCAUGCUGAAGAAGUUCAAGAUGAAGGAGGAAUUCAAUCCGUUUUUGAUAUGCUCCAAAAGAUACAAACAAUGUCACAAAAAGCAUCUGAUCUUAUUAAUGAAGGAUUCAAUGCGCUUGAAGAAGAAAACGAGCAAGAUGCUGAGAUGAGUAGACAAUUUGGAAAAUUAUGGAGUCGUCCAAGCUCUGUUGCUUUAACUCAUCAUUUGCUUACUUUGGCUCAAAAGGCAGAUCGUAUUGUACAGGCCAAAGUCAAUACUUGGGGCAAGGCAAUCAGCAUGUUAUCAAAACCUGUAAAUGAAAUACAACAACAUUUGCCUAGUUUAUCAGAAAAUGACCCAAGCCAUCACGGUAUUGUACAACUAUUAUCACAGUUGAGAUCAAAAGUAGAAGACCUGGCUAAAGAGUCUGAGCAGCAAGUAAAUCUGGAGAAAAAUGCACUAAGUUUAAAAGAUGACAUAUCUCAAUCAUUGCUCAAGAAAAUGGAUGAAUUGACAAAGGGCUCGCCUCUUGUUAAACUAGAACCAGAGCAAUUUGCACAAAACCAUAUUCAGGCUCAUGUUCUCUCUCAAGCUGGUUUGUUGCAUUCCGUAUCUGAACUACAUGCUCGUCUUGUCUUAAUGACCAGUGAUAUUCCUCUUUUAAGCAAGCGAGAAAAAGCAAUUUGCAACUUGGAAUUGGCUUUCGCUAAAUUUAAAGAGAUAAGAAUUAAUCUAGUAGAAGGUAUCAAAUUUUAUUCUCAAUAUACGGACAUACUCACUCAAUUCCGAGAUGAUUGUGUUGAGUUUGCCUUAGCUAGGAAGCUGGAAGUAACUGAGUUGGCAAAGAGUGUAGCACCUUCUCGUCUUUUAUUGUUGAAAAAAUAA